CCUUCUCUCCUCACAGCAACGCGGCGACGCUGAGACAUAAUGCUCCGCUCUGGAACAUUUCAGGCUUACUGCGUUGUAGUGACGGAGGAGGCGUAGGAGUCUGGAGAAGUAGCCCUUUUACGCGUGCACAGAUGUAGAUUUUGCCUCCCGAUUCGAGCAGCCGGUGUGAGAUGCGCUACGUUUCGCCAUGGCAAGAGCUCCGGUUCCGUGGGGGGUGUUCAGGAAGCCGCUGUACGUGCAGGCUCGGUACCUGCACAUGAAGUACCUGUUCUUCUCAUGGCUCGCUGUGUUUGUGGGCAGCUGGAUCGUCUAUGUGGAGUAUUCAUCCUACACAGAGCUCUGCAGGGGACAAGAGUGCAAAAAAUAUAUUUGUGACAAAUACAGAAAGGGGGUGAUUGACGGCUCGGCCUGCAGCAGUCUGUGUGAAAAAGACACUCUGUACCUGGGAAAGUGUUUCACAGCUAAAGCCAACAGCCAGGUGUACUCUGGGAGCUGGGCCGACCUGGAUGCUGUGAUUAAGUGUCAGCUGGACGACGCCCCUCGAUACGACUUAGGAAACGAGCCGAGGAGAGAGGCUGCGUCCUUUGACGCCCCCGCCAAAGGCACCUCUGUGGAGCAGUUCAGAGAGAUGAUCUACAACCACCUCAAGGCAUCAGUGACACUGAGGAUGGGGGCCUAUCCAGGCCCGCUCCGCCAACUCAACGAAUUCCUCCUGGCUUUAGUCCUGCAAGACCGUGAACACACACCAAAGUUACUGGGCUUCUGCGGAGACUUGUACGUUACGGAGAAGGUCCCAUACUCCCCUUUGUACGGCAUAACUUUACCUUGGAUUUUCGAAGUCUGGAUUCCCACUGGUCUACGCAGACGCAUGGACCACACCCCAUCUACACUAAAAUCUUUCUUGAUGCAGAAAGAAGAUGGUGAUACUGAUGAAGAUUGCGUUUACGGGAGAGACUGCAUGACUUCUUGUGAUCUAACCAAGCAUAGGUGCACGACAGAUAUAGCAAGACCAAAUUUAGCCAAAGCUUGUGAAGCACUUAAAGACUAUAUACUUAGAGGAGUGCCAUCAGAUGUGAAGGAAGAGCUGGAAAAGCAAUUGUACGCCUGUAUUGCUCUCAAAGGGACCACUGAGCAAAUGGAGAUCGAGCACUCGCUGAUCCUCAACAAUCUUAAAACGCUUUUGUGGAAGAAAAUCUCGCACACUAAAGACUCUUAAUGAAAUAAUUUGCACAUUUUUGUCCCUUUCUUUCAGGGUCAGAGACUUGUAACCACUGUGUAUCACAUAGAACUGUUAGAUCAUUUACA